GCAGAAAUAACCUGUGAAAAGCAUUUAGUUUUGUAAAAUAAACAAACUGAUAAAAACUGUAAACACACAAUACCUCUGUAAUAAAAGAAAAGACAUCGUUUAUAAGCAAGUUGACGAAAAAUUGAGUUUGGGGCGAUUCACGUGUUACACCUGCGAUUAGUCACUCAGGCAUUUCCAAUACACUUAUCUAUUGAUCGGUGAAAAUAUUGCUGUAUAUUCCAGCUGGCAAGUUUCUUUUAUAAUAUGCUGAUUAAUGACGACUUUACUAACAGAUUUGUGAGCUGUAAACACGCAGAAUGAUCAAGCUCUAUUUAAUACUGUUCUUAAGUACGGCUUUAAGCGCAGAUGAUAGAUUCAAAGGUUGUUACAAAACGAUUUUCUCAACACAAACCUACAACGUGUCUUGGACAACAAGCGAGCAAUGUAUCAACGAGUGCAAAACGAGAUAUUACAGGUACGCCAUGGUCCAAAACGCUAGGUCAUGCUAUUGUGGCAAUUAUCUGGGCGAGGAAGUUAACAACACACUGUCUUGCGACCAAAUUUGUGACGGGUUUUGCGACAACGUAACCGACGUGUUUGCGACCGGCAACUUAGUCCCCGGGCCCCCAGAAGAAGUAAAACUAACGAACGUGACCGACUCAAGUGCCCACAUUUCUUGGAAGCCGCCAAAGUCUUACACGAAAAUAAACGGUUACGUGAUAAAAGCCACAGUGAUUCACACUUACGCUAAUUACAUUCCAAAUAGCCCGGAAUGGUCGUAUUUGAACGACACGUUCAGCACAAAAAUUAUCCUUUUACCGGCCACUAAAUAUAAUGUAACUUUAUGCGCGCUCUCGCCCGAUGGUUGUGGGGCGCCCUUUUCGCGAGUAAUCGAGACUGAAGUUCGAGAACCCGAAAAUCCACCCGAAAGUCCGAACAUUAUCAAACGAGACGGGGACAGAAUGGAAAUUGAGUUAUCAGAGACGUCGAAUAGCAAUGGGCCUAUAACGUCCUAUCUAGUCAUUGUUUUUAAUGACGACAGCCAACAAAUAUUCCAAGAGGACUCACUAAAGUCCUAUUAUGAAGCCAAGCGGGAAGGUAUAAACUAUUACAUUACGGCUGAGUUGAAGCCAGAGAACAUUCAGAGGAGAUUUAUUGUUGGCGAUAAGAAUUAUUACGGAAAAUACUAUAACGCGCCUUUGGAGACCAAUGUUCACUACAGCAUUAUAAUAGGGCUUGUGAGCACUUUAAAUGGCAAAACGAAAAGAGCUUUCAGUAGUUUAAAACAUACGGAUACGGACGGCACUGAAGAAUUUAUUGAAGUCAGUGGUGACUCGCCCGCUGUUAUUAUCGGACUGUCAGUUGCUAUCGGUUUGCUGAGUUUUAUGUUUAUUGCCGGUAUCAUCGGGUUUAUUAUUUUGAAAAGUCGAGUCACCACUAGAAGACAGAGACUGUCGGAAAAUCAGGAGUUGACCCUUCAGGGACCAAUGAUCGAAGUUGAAAACAACGGAUACAUCCCUGAAGAAGAGCACACGAAAGUGAGCUACUACCGGGAUCUGAAGCAGAAGGUGAGGACGAUUCCUUACAAUCAGCUAAAAGUCGAGCCUACAAAUUUGCUGGGCAUUGGCCGUUUUGGGCGAGUUAACAGUGGCUCGAUUUACGAGAACAGCACCUUAAUACCAGUGGCAGUGUACAGUAUUCAAGACAAGAAAUUGUCGGCGGACGAUAAAAAGAACAUGCUUCGAGAUUUAGACGUUCUGAUUAAAACGAGAAAACACGACAAUGUUAUUGCCUUAGUGGGCACUUGUGAGACGUCACAGAUGGUGUUUGUUGUCCUAGAGUAUGUAUCAAUGAAUCUCAAAGAUCUACUGUUGGGCAGUAGAGACUCACUGCCUGGGAAAUUUAGCAACAUGACUGAGAAUCAAGCUUUAGAUAUUGCUAUAAAUGUAGCGAAAGGGAUGUCCCACUUAGCAUCUAAUAAGAUUAUUCAUAAGCAGCUUUGUGCGCGCAAUGUCAUGGUGGCGAACGGGUUCAUCCCCAAGAUAAGCGGCUAUGGACUGUCGCAGUUUUAUAGUCACAAUAACCUGCCUGACUACACCCGCUGGACGGCGAUGGAAGUGUUCAAAGGCCAGGCGCAUAAUUUGAAAAGUGAUGUUUGGUCUUUUGGAUGCUUGUUGUGGGAGAUUUGUGUUUUAGGAGGGACUCCUUAUGGUAAUUUCUCAAAUAAUGAAAUACCUGAAAGAAUUAUUAAAGGUCUACGUUUACCGCAAAUGCAAUAUUUCAGCGAUGAACUGUAUCAGUUUAUGCUGAGCUGUUGGCAGAUUGACAUGGACGAAAGACCUGACUUUGAUGUCUUGCUCGAAUCGCUUCAAACGUUUCAAGAAAAUUCACUGAUUCCGUGUUUAAGUUUUAAUUUGUAUCCAAACUUUCAGUAUGAACAGUUUUACCCUGAUAUGGAAAUUGCUGUGAGGCCAGUAUUCUAAUUUGUCUUCGGUUAAUAUUGGAACCUACUAAUGCAUCCAGCACAAAUUUAUGACAUGCUCUAUUCUAAUGUAUGAAUUUCUAGAACGUUGUUCCAUUUAUGCAUAUCUCUAUUGAAAAUGACAUUGUUUUAAUUGUCUUACUGGACUUCCUGUAAUAAUUUUAGCAUGCCACUCAGCUGAUAUUAUAUGUUUAUAAUCCUCGUGUUGAUACCAUUUUUGCGCAGCUAGGUGGAAAUCCGUCAUUUUAAAAGACUUAAAGAAUCUGCUAAACACUGAAUAUUAAGCACCGUAGUUUUAGGUUCGAGGCGUAAAAUAGGUUUCAAUAUUUUGUACUUACUGGUUACUUUUAUGUAUUAAAUUAUACAUUCCAUUUUUAUCUCGAAUAAUUUAUGUAUGAUAUUGUAUUUUUACACGAUACCGCCUAUUUUUAUAAUAAUAAAUUUUUUUACACAUCA